CCAGUUUUGUCGCAGGAAGCAUAUUUCACAAAUGCUUUUGCAGACAUAAUUGUGAAACUCAAAUGUGCAUGACGGGCGCUGAUUCAUCACAGGAACUUUUUAAUAUUGUCUCCUGCUCGUGCAAGUAGAAGCUACUCUGAGUGAUCGCUGGCACUGAGUUUGUAGGCAAACCGUCAGGACACAUUGGAUGUGGGACUGGACUUCUGGGAUGAUUGCAGUCAACAGAUGUGGGUCUCUAUAUCAGAGACUGGACCUGGAAGACAAAAACAGGCUGGCUGUUGACCUUUUCCCUACAUCAGGAAACACUGUACACAGGCUUCAUGUUAUCAGAGGACGCGUGAGUGUCCUGACAUAUAAGGAUGAAGCCUGCCUCACAAUAAGAGCCUAAAAUAAUCUGAGCGACCACAGCUGAUCCCCCACCACCACCACAACCACAACCACGCCUGCCUCCGCUCCGCGCCUUUCUGCCUGCCCACCGCGGAGCUCGCUCGUCCGUCCGGCUGCGUGUGUGACAACUCAGCUGUCACCACCCAGCGUCAAGCCAUGAUGACCAAAUUCAGCUAUUACCAAUAUCUAGCGCAGUUUCGUCACAGCCGAACUAAAUCAUCUAUCGGUAGUAAUCCUGAUGAUGAUUAUGAGGUAACGUCGAGACUGCAAGGAGACAGCAGGGGAAUGAACGUGACGUCACACGCGGAGGAUGUUAACCCAGUGGUCCUGGCAAUCCAAGUGGGGGAUGUAGAGGCUGUUAAGAAAGAGGCAGCAUCUUCUCCUCACAGUCUGAUAAGGGAGAACAAAGAAGGCUGGAUCCCUUUGCAUCAUGCAGCCUUCAAUGGACAGCUUGAAUGCUUGAAGACCUUACUGAAAGCACAUCCAAGUUCUGCAGACAAACGCACCCUGCAGGAACAGACAGGGUUGCUGCUUGCCGUCUCUGGUGAACAUUUGUCGUGUGUGACGUGUCUGCUGGAGGCUGGAGCUGAUCCUGACAUCAGCAACAAGAACAAAGAAACCCCUUUGUACACAGCCUGCAGGUUGGACAAUGUGGACAUGGUGAGGCUCAUCCUCUCCUUUGGGGCCUCCGUGAAUCAGCGGUGCGCUCAGGGAUGGACAGCCCUCCACGAGGCCGUAUCAAGGAACAACAUAGCAACAUGUGACAUUCUCAUUGGAGCUGGGGCCACUGCUAACCCCUCCAACACAUACAGCAUCACGCCACUCAUUGUAGCAGCUCAAACGGGACGCUUGGAAGCACUGAAUUACCUCAUCGGAAAAGGCGCUGAUGUAAACAUGCAGACUUGUGAUGGUGUCACAGCGUUGCACGAAGCGAGUAAAAAUGGCCACAAAGAAAUAGUGACGGUGCUGUUGUCCAAAAAUGCAGACGCAAAUAAGAUGGCUAACUCAGGAUUACUCCCUCUACAUGUUGCAGUUCAACAUGGACACCGAGAGGUGGUGUCCAUACUUGUCCCUGUGACCAGUCGCACUCGGCUUCGGCACAGCGCCAUCGGCCCUCUGCACCUGGCAGCCGAGCACAACAGGCCGCAAGUGGCAGCUGUGCUCCUUAAAGCAGGCGUGGACGUAAACGCCACGCUAGCCCCCGCUCGCUCAGCACGCUACGUCGACGGACGGGCGACGGCCCUCUGCUUCGCCGUCGCCAACGGCAGCGUCGAGACAACCGAGGUCCUCCUCAACGCCGGCGCUGCCACUGGCCUGGACCCGGUUAGUCCUCUGCUGUUGGCCGUGCAGAGAGGCAGCAUGAGGACCGUGUCCCUGCUCCUGCAGAAAGGAGCUGACAUCAAUGCCAAAAUCCCAUUUUGGGCUACGACGUUCCCUGCGGUUGUUGCGCUCUGUAUGGAUAAUCUGCCUCUACUCAAGUGUCUUCUGGACAAUGGCUGUGAUGCCCUUUCCUGCUUCUCCUGCUCAUACGGCAGAGGUCCUCAUCCAGAACAAGCCCACAUGAGAAGCCCUGGCACUGUAUUUCCCUUCAACUGCAAUGGACCAGCACACGAAGCAACACAGUUCUGUCAAUGGAUUUCAACACCAACAAUGAGCCAAUGGGCCGGACCCAUCAUAGACUUGCUGCUGGAGCAUGUCGCUCAUGUUCAGCUGUGCAACAAACUCACUCAACUCUUAGAGAGCCGCCACGAAUGGGUUGCCGUCAAGAGGAAGUCAUUGUCACCUCGUCUACUGCGUCAUCUUUGCAGACUGAGUAUUCGAAGCCAAGUGGGCCCACACAGACUGCAAUCCCUCUCGAGUUUACCUCUACCAGGGAGACUGAUCACAUACCUCACUGUGAUGGACUGAUGAUGUUAAGAUGACAUCAGGCAUCUCAGCCGUUAAAUGCAUUUCGAUUUGUCUGUCUUUUUUUAAACCUAAUAUAUCUCGUCUGUAUCAUGCGUAUUUAUAAACUCUGUGAUGUGACUUUC